UGAAUCAUGUCUUACGGCGAGAACCACCACCAUCCUGUUCCUGGCACAGUUUCUGCUACACUUCAACAUCUUAUGAAUAUUAAAAUUGAUUAUUCAUCCAGGAAGCCUGCCUCCUCUUACAUUCCUUCAUGCUUAAUGAUGGACUAUGUUGUCCACUUGAUGAAUAAGAAUCUAGUUGAUAACUACUACUUCAAAAGAGUAGUUCCUGACUACCAUCCAUAUAUACUACGCCUCUACUACGGCGUACUAUUUUGGAUCCAGUGCCUUCGUGCUGGCCGUCACGCCAACACCCUUAACCCUGAGCAGCACCACUUCCUGCUCUACUUUCUCAACAACCACCCCCCGGAAUCCAUCUCCCCUCCUUUAUCAUUUCAAACUCUCUGCACUUCCGAGCCACGGAUCAUUAAAAAUAAUUACGGGCUCGUCUAUCCCAGUAUCCCAACCCCUGCUGUCCCACAACGUCGUGACUCCUUUAUGCGUGAUAACAGCAGUGCCUUCUUCUUCCCCAACAUACCCGGGAUCAUUGCUCUACUAGAAGAUCUGAACUCGCUCAUUAAUGGCGAACCCACAGUGUUUCCUGCUAUGGGAAAGCACACCCCUUACGCCUGUGAGGCUGACAAACAUCUGAAUAAGUCCUUUGCAAAUUGCUACCACAAUUUUAACCUUCCUGCCACUCGAGCUAAUGACGAUCUUCGUCCAAUUGCCAACUUUCUGCACAUGAAUAAUUCUAUUGCUUGGUUUUCUCAACUCAAGGCUGUUGCUGCAACUGCAGCGAAUUAUUUCACUGAGUCAGGGACUCUGGCCGAUUGUGCCCCUCAUGGGGUAACUGCUAACCAGUAUGUCUGUGUUAUGCAGCCCCCUGCUACCCCAAUGACCACCCCUCGCCAUUCAGCUGAUAAGAGAGCCCUAUUCCCCUUUGCUCUCCGCCUCACCACUAACAUCGCUAAACCGGAUCCAAUCACUGAUGCCACGGCCGCCUUGUCUCAGACACAUAUUCAGAUGUUCACUGGCCAUCCCUACUUAAGCCAGUUUGGACACCCUGUUGGGUCGGGUCCGUUCUGGGAUUUUCGCCCUAUAUAUAAGUCCAGUGUUGAUCACUCUUCUUACCUUUCUCUCACAACAACUGUCAAGCAGCUCAUGAAAUACAAGGAAUGACUAAACAGCCUUAAUUUACAGAUAUCUUUCUUCUGAUUUGUUUAGUUACUUUUACUUUUACUCAAAACAGAGUAUGGAUGUAGUUGGUUAUCAUGCUAGAUUCAUCAGCAAGUUUUCACAAUUAUGUAUGAAUUAUUGAUGGUGUAAGACUUUCCAUUCUUAUCAAUCAGAGUACUAGCAGUCUUU